AUGGCCAAACCCACGCGCUUCGCCGGCUCCCAUGAGCCUUUACAAAUUUACCAAGACGACUUCUUCGAGAACUCGACCGCAAUGAUCAACCACGCACCCAUGCCCGCCGCAUCAAAGCCCCCGAGGAGACCUCUCGGCGCCGCAAGCAACAACAACGUCGUUCUCAACCCGCCACCACUCGCUUCCGACAGACACUCGCCGUUGAAGGCAUCGUCAGGCAACCAGCAUUCGCCGCUCGCCCCUCUGAAAUCCCAAGGCAACAGACUCAACAUGGUGCCGAUGGCGCCACCCUUGGCAAAGACACCAAACACCGAUUCGCUUCACAAGAAGCCCUACCUGUCCAAGUUCAAGACCGUCGCGCAAAAACCUCCCAUCGUAGAUCUCGCCGCCGGGUUUGGAAAGGAAAACGUGCACCCGCAGUUGUACCCUGCGCCGCCGACAAUCAACUUCGAUCAGUUCUACAUGCACAAGGCACCCGGCAAGCGCACGUUGAUGGAGGCCGCCCCGAUCAAGGAAAAUAGACCGCUCAAGAAGGUCAAGACCGAGGACACCGGUCUGCCGCCCCAUGAUUCCUUUCCUCCGAUUUGCGACGACGGGACGAAACCGGGACACAGCUACGCGACUCUCAUCGGCAUGGCCAUCCUCCGAUCUCCCAACCGGCGCUUGACGCUUGCGCAGAUUUACAAAUGGAUCUCGGACACGUACUCUUUCUACAAGGCGGAGGAAUCGGGCUGGCAGAACAGCAUUCGACACAACCUCAGUCUUCACAAGGCCUUCAUUAAGGUGGAGCGGCCAAAGGACGACCCGGGCAAGGGCAACUACUGGACCAUUCAGGAGGGCAUGGAGCAGCAAUUCAUGAAGGAUAAGCCCGCGAGGAAGACGGCUACGACCGCCGAAAAUGUCCCCGUCAUGUCGACCCGAAUGGAGCCUUCGAGACCCGUCAACAUGCCUCUCCAGGAGCCGACUCUGCCGCCUCCCGCACCGAUCAACCACGUCUCGCUUCCGCCGCUGCCUACGUCUCAGGCUACCGUGCCCGUCGAGUUUUCAUCCGAUGCGACCAUUCCCAUUUCCGACUCGGCCGUCCCAGAAGAUGGACACGACAAGGGACUGGAUCAGGACGGCUCUCCCCUGCCUCCUACAAUGCACUCUUCACCGCCGAUUCCCCGACACAUGGAGCCCCGCAGUCGCACGCCUCCGCCGCCCGGCCGCGGCCGCGGACCCGCGUCUUCCAUUACGAGAUCUCAUAGGAAGUUUGCCUCAAUGGACGACAGCGGCUACAUUUCCUCCCUGGAGUCGUCGGCGCUGCGGCAGCCGAAGACCGGCAUUCUGACUUCGGAGGCUGACCGCCCCCGGAAGCGCAGCCGCGCCGGCAGGGCCGAGGAUGAGAUUAUUCGCCUGCGCGCUUCCUCAUACGACAGCCCUAGCAAGGGUCGGUCAUACAACGCCUUCGCCCCACCAUCUUCAUCACCGCUCCGCCAACAAGGACAGAUGCUGCCGCCAUUGACGCCGGCCAUGAAGCUGAAGCCGCCUACGAAGGCACCGCCGUCCGCUUCGCCGAACACCAACCUCCGUCUUCACCGCGACCAUGUCCGUCAGAUGCUUCAGUCUCCGCUCCGUAAGAUGAACGGCGCUGGUGACACCAAUGCCCCGUGGAGCCCGGCCUUCAACCUGGACGAGACUGUCUACAACUACAACCUCUUGGCCCCCGGUGACUUCGACAUCUUCCAGGACAUGGACAACGACUUCUUUGAUGGGCUCCCUCAAGAGUCGCCUUCGAAGAAGUCCGUUAGGCGACCUCGCGUUGAGCGCACAACCUCGGCCAGCGCUCUGGCUGAUGCCACAGACUCUGCUAACGGCAAGUCGGUAAUCUCCACACCUUUCCUGAAGGCCCCCGCGCAAAAUUCUACCAUGUGGGAAACCCCCAGCAAAGUGUUUGAUGGGCUCUCAUCUCCCAUCAAGGGCGGCGACAGCGCUUCCCAGUGGAGGUUCCCUUCUCCGACCAAGAUUUCUUCCUCUUUCUACGAGGUUGCAGCCGAGGGCGACUGGCCCUCUUUCACAUUCGACACCACCGACUUCAUGCCGGAGGACCCCAACGAGUACGCCGGACUCGACAUUCUGCAGGGCUUUGAGAAGAUCGGCUCGGGCUCGCAGCCCAAGUCGUCGAGCUCCAAGCCCAGCAAGCCUGCUUUUGGACGGAGUUACACCACGCAAUUCUAA